GCAGGACAGCCGAGGCAUGAAUUGGCUGAGACAAAGGCUUCGCUGGAAGACAGGGUGCAGAUUGUGAAAGCAUGUAUCGAAACCAUGGAAGAGGAAGCCGGCACAGAGAGAGCCAUAAUGUCGCUCACUCUUAUUCGGCAAAUGACGAGUAACAUCCUAGACCACCCAGGGGAUCCGAAGUACCGCCAGAUUCGGAUGAAGAACAAGUCAGUUUCUGGUGACAUCCUGGAUGUGCCCACCGCCGUACAGCUGCUGGCUGCCAUCGGAUGGGUCCAGUCGGAUAACUCGUUUGUUCUCCCGUCAUCUUCUGAUGACCUGCUGGAGCCGACAUUAAAGGCAGUGGAUGAAUCCCUAAGGAAACUAAAGGGUCAAGAGACACAUACUGAAACUUCUGAAGAGGUACAUUCAGAAACCGCCAAAGAAGAAGCGACUGCCGACAUUGGCACGUCACACCAAGAGGCAGAGACCGGGAGUACGGAAGAGGUGGAGGCAACAGAAACUGAGGUAGAACCUGAGACUGAUACUGCACGUAAAGAAGAAGCUACUGAGAGAUCUGAAGAGGUGAUGACUACCAUGCCUGGAGAAGACAUGUCAACAGAUUCUGCAGACAGACCAAUGGAAGAGCCUCAGGCAUCAGAAGAGCCAAAGACUGGGCUGGAUGUCCUCAGAUCAAAGGCUGCAGAAUUACUGCAGGACGAGACACCUCAACAGGCAUGGCUGAUUCUUACUGUCCUGGAGAAAAUGCUGAGGGAUGUUGUGAAAAACUCUAAGGACGAAGCGUCACGUCAUGUCCGCCAUCUUCUCCCGCCAAGUGCCCUCAAGCUUCUCGUGGCCGCAGGGUGUGUACAGGUGGAGAACAUGAUCAUCUUUCCAACCGAGAUAAAACUGCUCCAAGAUGCUCUGGAGGUGGUCAUGGAGUGUCAAGGGACAUUGACGGAAACUGAAUCAGAGGUUAGAGAGGAGCCUGGGAUGUUUGUUGCAGGGACAGUUCAAAAGGAAGAAGUAGUGAAGCAGGAGGCAAACCAAGUCCCACAAGGGGCAAAUGCCGCAACAGAAGCCAUGUGCUUCAACUCUGUCCACGGCAAGGCCGUCCUUCUGACCAAAGACCGGAGCGUCGCGCGGCUCCUGCUCGACUCUCCGGGAAGCGGGAUAGUCUUCAGCGACAGGCCUGCUGUUGUCGACGAGAAGGUUUCCAUAGAGCUCACCGAGUACUGGUACGACCGAAAGGGAUCCAAGAAGGGAGACCUGGUCCUUGGAGUGACAACCGUCGAUCCGUUCGUGUUAGACAGUGACAACCUCCCUCCCAGCACCAUCCCACACCUCACAAACAAGCCAGGCUACUGGGCCAUGCGGAUAAGAAGGCAGCGCAUAGUGCCGGGCGACGUUCUGACCGUGUUUGUCGACAAGCUGGGUAACCUGUGGUACUCUGUGAACGAGGAAGUGUGGAGAGUUCUCAUCUGCGACCUGCCCACAGACACGCCGCUGUGGGUGUUGAUGGACAUGGAUGGAGGUGUCACAGCCGUAACAUUUGUCCGAAAAGAUGACAAAGGUUCUGAGCAGUCGUCUUCACGGGCUGAUGUAGAGAAGGAGGAAAAACUUGAGGCUGCAUCAUUCGACGUGGAUUCUGAUCUGUAUGAUCCAAUGGGAGAUGUUCCCCUCCCUGAAACACACAUGGCGCCACAGGAUGAGCAGCCGGCGGAAGCUGCAUCUGCAUCGCCGGAUGAGGACAGGAGAGAUGAGCCUCCUGAGAAGGAAGAAGUGGAUUUAAACAGCAUGACCAAAGAGGAGCGCAUGGACUUCAUCAUGAAGAUGCAGGGAGAGGAGUUUUCCCUGGAGGAGAAGACCGGGCUCCUUAAGGUCUGCGUAGAUGUGAUCAAAGAAGACGAGACGCCGGAACAGGCCAAGACGUCUCUCAAGUACCUGGUGAACCGGAUGAGUAACCUGUGGACCAGUCCUGAGGAUGAGAGGUACAGACAGGUGUAUAUCCGGUCAGGCACGUUUUGGGAGGCCAUGCGGCCCAGGUCAGCCCAACAGUUCAUGGUGGCUGCAGGAUGGGUCCAGGUUGGAGACAACAUGGUAUUUCCAAAUUACUACGAUGCACUUAUAAAGCCUGCAUUGGAUGUGCUCAACGAAUGUCUGAGUUCCUUCCCCCCGGAGCCCAUCUCCCUGUACGGAAGGAAAGACCCAGUGGGUGAUACGGAGCGAGUACCUGAGACUACAACAGUGAAAGAUAUGGCCUUCAAUGAGGUACACGGUAGUGCCAUUGAGCUGUCAGAUGACGGCCGAACAGCCACACACACGGACAACUCUACUGAUACAAGCAGCACCAUCACCUUCGGUGCCAAGCAAAUAAAUGCCAACGAAGAAGUGCUUGUGAAGAUGUCAGAGCCCACUGAUGAUGACGCUAUCGGCGGCACAUUUUCCGUCGGCAUCACAACGCUGGAUCCUUCCACGUUGAAGCUGGAGGACCUACCGAAGCAGGCAGCUGAGCUGAAGAGCUCGGAUGGUUUCUGGAUCUGGCCGCUUGACGACAGCCUGACGGAUGGAGGCAGUGUGCUGAAGUUAUCUGUGAGCUGUACAGGGAACCUGACAUACUGUGUUGACGACAAGCCGCCCGGAGGGUUCAUCAGUAACAUCCCUACAGACCAGCCGCUCUGGGUCAUUCUGGUCCUACAAGGACGGGUCAGAGAGGUCGCAUAUGUUGAUGAAGAUGAGAAAGUGGCUGCAGAGACUGAUGCCGAUGAGACAGAGACUAGUGGCUACCCAUGGGACACUGAGGACGAUGAUCUCUAUGACAUACCAUCAUAUGGGAGCGAUCCAACAAAUAACGGUGCAGGCCUAAAUGGUGCACACUCGUCAAAGAAAUCUCCAGAGGAGAUAGAGGCACUCCUCCGGGAUAAAGUACCGAUCCUGGAUGCGUGUGCUGACGCCAUCAAGGCAGAGGCUUCAGCUGACAGGGCCAGAUUUACCCUCUCAUACAUUCGGAUGCAAACAAGGAAAAUUCUGAACCGACCCAGCAGUGAUGAGACGAGAGUUAUCCAAGUGAAAGACAAGAUGUUCCUCUUUGCCGCUUCAUCCGCUACCCAGACUGUCAUGCAGUUCAUGGUUGCUGCUGGCUGGGUUAUUAGAGACGAGCAAAAGACGUUGGUGUUCCCUCGGUCUAACGAUGAUCUUCUUGAGCCAACCAUCAAAUCGCUUGACUUAUGCCUGAGGACCAUACCAGGAGGGUAUUUGGACGUAAGCCGACUGGAGGAUCAAAUCGAAGGCAUGACAGGUGGUAUUGAGGAACUGCAGGGUGUUGAGUUCCACACUGUACACGGAGCUAACAUCGAGCUCUCAGAAGACAAGAGAACCGCCCGGCGCCCUGGAGACAUCAGUAAGGCCCUCGCCUUCUCCUCCAAACCGUUCCGCGUCAACAAGCGGGUUACCGUGGAGUUCACCGACUGCGAGCCGGACACCAAGUGCGCGGCGAUGUUCGGGGUGACCACCGAGAACCCCCUGUUCUGGAAGCCGGCGGACCUGCCGCUGUUCGGGACCGACCUGGCCAAGAGGGACGGCUACUGGCUGGAGCCGCUGGGAGAGGACGUGGCCACCGAGGGAAGCGUGCUCAGCUUUCACGUAGACGGCGGCGGAUCGCUGGUGUACUCACUGUCCGGUACUGAUGGGGAGGAGACGAUGAAAGAUGUGGAGGUCUUCAACGACAUACCGACGGACAAGCCACUGUGGGCCGUCCUCGACCUGUUUGGUUCAACAAAGGCUGUCAAAUUUGUUGAUAGAGAAGUUGCUGACGACGAAUCAGAGCCAGAAAUAGACACGACCUUCCAACUGCCUGGCUCCGGGUUCCAAUCAUCGAUGGGUUCCGACUUCCAGCUACCGACAGGCACCAGUUUCCAGCCACCGAAGGGCACCAGUUUCCAACCACCAAUGGGAACCAGUUUCAAUUUCCAGCAGCCAAUGAGCGAUGGGGACCAGUCACCAAUAGACAGCGACCCUGAACCAUUCAACUUCAAGCCAACCACCUACACCGGUUUCACUCCACCGGAUGAGAGCGAAUUCCUUGAUCUUGACUAAAAGCUUAGCCAUCAAUAUCUGUACAAAAGAAGAUGAAAAUUUACAAUGUAAAGAAUGUAAAAUACGGUGCUUAGGCAUUGAGAAACAUUUAAGGAAUUUACAAAUGUAUUCCUUUUUGAGACCAUAUGCUAAUAGCGGUUAAAUUAACGAGAAAAACAUUACAUGUACCGCAAUGAGAUAUGGGAAAAAGAAACCUAACUAUGCAUUAGUAGAGUAAAGAAACUUGACGUCUGUUGUAAAUGUUAAAGAAAAGGAUAUACACUACAAAAGUAAAUGCUGCAAUUGUGUUUCGUCUAGUACGAUAGCAUACGCUUAUUGUAGGGUCUUGUAAGUUGUAGUAGUGACGUUUGAUUCAUGGCUCUUUCUCGAACAACUUACUUCACAAGUGCCUUGGCAAUGAAGAAAUAAUAUUAAUGUAUGCCUUUCGUGAGAUUAUAAGCAAAUAUCAUAUAAUGCUUUGCGUGAGUAAAAUCAUUUUAGACAUAACAGCUACUGAUGAUGUAUACAAGGCAUUAUUUUCACUAGCUCAGCCGACUGAUGAUAAUGAUUGUAACUCAAUAUUCAAAAGUGUUACAGAUGCUGCCAACAAUAAAGCUUUG